AGCGCAUCCCCCCGGAGCUGCCAUGGGUGGGGCGGCGGCCUGAGGGAGGCCGAGCCCUGCAGGUGUGUCCGAAGCUCCUUUGGCUGGACGCUGGGAGUGGCGGAGACCGGAGGGGGAACCGGUCCACCGAGCAGGGAGGGACGGGCCGCGGUCGCCCACACUGGGACUACCAGUGUAACCACGGGGUUUGCUGCGCUGUGUCGGAGCUGUCAGGGAGAGAGGCUGUCAAUAAAGGUGAGCUACUCGCGUUGUCACCAGGAUGCAGCUGUUCCAUUAUUGCCUCGUUCAGGCCGCACGACCAUCCUUCAGGUGGUGUCACAUCCACCUUCCGUUGUCAGCAGCAGCAGCAGCUCCACAGACUCCAAGACAGUUGGUUCAACCAGAAUUGGUGGUGGGAUUCCAGGCCCCUGUCCCGCGCGGAUCACGCCCUCUGACGUCCCAGCCUUUCUGGUACCCAGCGCCGGGUUCUCCCUGGGCGCCUUCAGAACCCAGCUGCGGAGUGCACUCAAUCCAGCCUCACCACGGAGUGUUCCAGUUCCAGAAUCUUGGGUUCACCCAACCUUUGGGUGAUUCCUGGAACUGCAAGAUACUGUCUCUUAUGACUUCUUUCUUCCCACUUUCCCUGUUUCGGCUUCAGAGUUUCUACUCUUUCCCAAGAACAGCAGAAAAUGAACAAGUUCAAAGGUCCUGUGACAUUAAAGGAUGUUACUGUGGAAUUCACCAAGGAAGAAUGGAAAUUACUGACUCCUGCUCAGAGGACCCUGUACAAGGAUGUAAUGCUGGAGAAUUACAGACACCUGGUCUCAAUAGGUUACCAAGUGAGUAAGUCAAAUGUGGUCUUGAAGUUGAAGCAAGGAAAAGAGCCAUGGAUAUUGGAAGUGGAAUUUCCACAUCACAGCGGCCCUAAAGACCCAUGGGAUAUCCAUGACCUUGGAGCACGGUACCAGGAAAGCCCAGCUGGUAAUUCAAGGACUGGAGAACUGAAAAAACUUCAGAAAAUUCAUCACCAAGUGGAAACCUAUGAAUGUAAUCAAUGUGGAAAGUCCUUCUGCCAGAAGUCUGCCCUCAUAGUGCAUCGGCGUACACACUUUGAGAACAAGUCCUAUGACUGUGGUAAAUGUGGGAAAUCCUUUUCUAAAAGUGAAGACCUCACAGUACAUCAGAAAAUUCACACCAGAGAUAAAACCUAUGAAUGUAAAGAAUGUAAGAAAAUUUUCUACCACCUGUCAUCUCUUAGUAGACAUCUAAGAACUCAUGCAGGGGAGAAACCUUAUGAAUGCAAUCAGUGUGAGAAAUCCUUCUACCAGAAGCCACACCUCAUGGAGCACCAGAAAACACACACAGGGGAGAAACCCUUUGAGUGUACUGAAUGUGGGAAGUUCUUCUAUGUGAAGGCAUACCUCAUGGUUCAUCAGAAAACACACACAGGGGAGAAACCCUUUGAGUGUAAGGAAUGUAGGAAAUCAUUCUCCCAGAAGUCACAUCUCACAGUACAUCAGAGAACACACACAGGGGAGAAACCCUAUAAAUGUAAGGAAUGUGGAAAAUUAUUCUCUAGGAAUUCACACCUCAAAACCCAUCAGAGAACUCAUACAGGAGAGAAACCCUAUGAAUGUAAGGAAUGUGGGAAAUGCUUCUACCAGAAGUCAGCCCUCACAGUACAUCAGAGAACUCACACAGGGGAAAAGCCCUUUGAAUGUAAUAAAUGUGGGAAACACUUUUUCUAUAAAUCAGACCUCACUAAACAUCACAGAAAACACACAGGGGAAAAGCCCUAUGAAUGUACAGAAUGUGGUAAAUCUUUCUCUGUGAAUUCAGUCCUUAGAUUACAUCAAAGGACUCACACCGGAGAGAAGCCCUAUGAAUGCAAGGAAUGUGGAAAAUCUUUUUCACAGAAAUCACAUUUUAUCAUACAUCAGAGAAAACACACAGGAGAGAAACCCUAUGAGUGUCAGGAAUGUGGGGAAACCUUUAUCCAAAAGUCCCAACUCACAGCACAUCAGAAGACACACAGGAGAAAGGAGAAGGGUGACAAAUAGUAUGAGUUCGGAAUUUGUCUGAAUUCAUCCUUCAGCAUAAUCACAUAAUUCACAGGAGAGAAACCACAUGUGUAUCAUUAAGAAGGGAACAUUUUCAGCCAAAUUUUUUCCUUGUAGAAUAUCAGCAAAUCCACAGAGAAAACAUAUAAAUUUAUUAAGGAGAAAUUUAUACCACAUGGUAGACUUUACUGAAUAUCAGACAAUAUAGAUGGCAGAAACUGAACAAAUUAUAACACAUGAAGAAAAAUUUUAUUUCAGAAGUCACACUUUAUUUUGCAACAUAGAAAUCACAUAGGAGGGCCAGGGAUGUACCUCAGUGGUACAGUGUCUACCUGGCAAGCGUGAGGUCCUGAAUUCUAUCCCCAGUACCAGAAAAAAAAAAGGGAGAGAAAAAAAUCACAUAGGAGAGAAAUCCUCACAUAAAAUGAAUGUCAAGUUUUCUGUCAGGACAACCAGCACUACAUACCCAAAAGCUCACAUGUAUGAGAAAUUCCUGAGGGUAUCCUGAGUAUUCUGAAGUAUUUUUACCAAGUAACUCUCAUAUAUUAGAAAAUGCAAAGGGAUAACUGCAAAGAUUGCAGCAAAUAUACAAGCCUUUAUCAAGAACCGAUGUUCCACUGAAUGUCACAUCAAUGUCUGGAUAAUACCGUUAUAGAUAUUUGAAAGAUUUUCAACAAUACAAGAACAUGUACUGAGGAAAGCACUUACACAGUAAGUCAUGUGCAGAUUCCAAGAUUGCUUUUUCUUUUUAAAGAAGACUGCAAUGUGUACAUAUAUGAAGUUUUUAAAAAGCCAAAAUAAGUAAUUAGGCAACAUCAUUAAACAUACAUGAAGAGUCUUUGUAAAUAGGGCUUCUGUAUGUGAGUGUGCUACAAAAUGUAACUUGAUAGAUGUUUGACAUGCAUGGGAAUCCAUCUAUAGUUGUAUAUAGGAAAAAGUCAUCUUAGUUGAGUAACUGUUAUGUACAGGAAGAUCUGACCCAUUGUCUCACGGGUGAGUCCUGUUGUUAAUAUAAUAUGUAUUGUACUGUUAUACUCUUUUAAAUUAUAAUGUAUCUUUUCUGCCGACUUCUGGCACUUGUUAAUGGAUAUAUACAUUGUAACUGACCUAACCCUUUAAAAUGGAGCUGGAAUGUUUUUGUGAAAUAUUCAGCUGUGUGGUCAGCCAAAUUUUGAAUGAGGGACAUAUUUAUUUUUGCAAAAUUCUGAGCUGCUUUUAAAGUAGCUGAAAACAGUAAAAUUAAUUGCACUUACACAAUAAACACUGAGUGCUCUGCAAGAAAUAUUAUUUCUCUUAUCUUACUGUUGAUGUUUGAGCAGGGUAUUGAGCUGUGUUUAUAUUCUGUAUUAGAGUCCUAACUAUUUUUCCCUGCCUUUCCUUCCUAGUAGAAGUGACGUAACUUAAUGGGUAAAAUGUGGACUCUGGACUUCUAUGGCCUUGGCCCAGAUUCCACCAUGGGGCCUACCACUCAUGCCUGCCAUGCUUCCGUUCCUUUUCUGCAAGAGUAGUAUUAGUAACAUCUUAGGACUGCUUUGAGGUUGAAAUGAAUUAAUAUUUUUAAAGCACUUAGAAUACUGUCUCAGACUCAAGAUAUUAGAUAUUAUCAUUUUAUCUUACAUAUUCUGAAUUACUCUGCAAAAAAAAUUUGGCAACCAAAUAUUAUCUCUCACCUUAUUGCUGCUAGUGCCUUGAUUUUUUUCUUUUUUUCUUUUUCCUUUUCUUUUUCUUUUUUAGUUUUCUUCAAGUAAUUCAGAAGUAGAUCCUGACUGGGCUAGGACAGGGAUUGACAAACUAUAGCCCAUCAGCCAGAUCUGGUCCACAGCCCAUGUUUGUAGCCUACAAGCAGAGAAUAAAUUUUUAUUACUAAAUGGUUGAAAAUUAAGAAUAUUUUGUGGCAUAUUAAAAUUAUAUUCAAAUUUCAAUGUCUAUAACUGAAGUGUUUUGAGAAAACUCAUACAAACAAACCACAUUUCUUUUUUUUUUUUUUUUUUUGGUACCAGGGAUCGAACUCAGGUCCUUGCGCUUGCACAGCAGGCAGUGAAACCACUGAGCUAAAUCCCUGGCGCAAACCCCAUUUCUUUAGGGCUUGCCUGUGGCAGCCUUUACACUAUACCAGCAGAGUUGAAUAGCUGUGCACAGAGCCCAAGACAUUUACUACACGGCACUUUACAAAGUAAGUUUUCUGUUACCUAGAGCCAAAAACAUUACAGCCACCUACAAGUAUACUUUUAUAAAGGUCAUGUGUUUUGGAAAUGAUGCACACAGCAAUCUGUGGCUAAGUUUUUUCUGUAGUAUAUGUAUUUUGUGCACUAUAUAUGUUAAAAGCUUAAGCUUAAUAGUAUUUUUUCAAUGAAAUGUGUUUUUUUACUAGCUGAAUUGUCAUAAUAUCAAAAAGAAAAAUUUCUUGGUGGAGUGUAACAAAUAUAUGAAAUAAAUGUUGUCUAAAUGAAA